AUGACCCCCGAAAAAGUGAAGCUGCUCACCGAGGAGAUCCUCCCGGCGGCUGUCAAACUGCACACGGACCGUCUGCGCGUUCUUCCCUUGACGGCGCCGCUGCUCGUGCCACGGUUCGCUGAAGGCAGUAGUGUCUGCAAGCACUACACGGUUCCUGAAGACCAUCACACACGGGGCGUGGAUGCGGACAUGGUGCUCUACGUGGCCGCCGGUCCGGGGUUUAUGUUUGGCGUUCCAUGCGCCACGGUGGGCGCGGAACGUCCUGUCGUUGGCGCGCUGAGGUUUGUGCCUGCUGACUACGGCGGUCUGCGCGUCAACGUCCGCGCUGUGGCGCACGUGAUCGCUCACGCUCUUGGGUUCGGCUACGAACAAAUGCGUGCUCUUGGCAUGGUUGCCGGGGACCCUCUUACGGCGGUCAGACAUCAGGCCAAGACCAGCGUGGCGUCCGCGACAGUACUGAAGGAGGCAAGGGCGCAUUACAACUGCAAAACGCUUGAGAAUGUGGAACUGGAGGUGGAUAACUACACAGGGGUCGUGGAGCCGCACUGGCCGCAGCGCCUCGCAAAGGGAGAGCUGAUGAGUGACUCCCUGGGUUUUGGUGUCGGCCGCUACACUGCGCUGACGCUUGCUGCGUUCGAGGACAUGAAAUUUUACCGGGCCGACUUCAGCAUGGCGGAGCCAAUGGCGUGGGGCAGUAACUCUGGCUGCGGUCUCUUUUCUGGGUCGUGCCUGGAGAACGGCGUGAGCCUCUACCCCGGCAUGUUCUGCGACAAGAUCGGCUUCCGCUGUACGGCGGACCGCGCUUCCUACGGUAUGUGCUCCACAGAGCGCGAUUCCGAGACGCAAGCACUCAAAUUGGAGGGCGAUUGUCCCACCGUUGAUCCGACCUUUUUGCCGAAUUCGUCCGGCAUUCCUUUUGCCACCGUCUGUUCCGAGGACAUGAGCGCCUACUUUCCCCAUAUGCUUCACGGCGAUGACUCGUGGUGCCUGGAUGGCCAGAACCUCAAGGUGACAAAUCCGAAGGCGCCCAGUGGACAGGCUGUUGGAGGCGUCUGUGCGCGGGUGAAGUGUGAGGCGGGCAGGGUGCAGGUGCGUUACCGCGGCAACGAGGAAUGGCACGAGUGUCCCGAGGGGAGCUCUAUCACGCCCCAAUCGGAGCACUUCAGGAGCGGCAACAUAAUGUGCCCCAGUUACGAGGAGGUGUGCACCGUCGCCGCCAACGGCAGCAGUCUUUUGGUGCCGGGGCGCGGGCGUCGUCGUGACGGCGCUGGCGGCAGUGCAGCUGCCCGCACUGCCGGGUCGCUUCUGCUGCUUGUCCUGACCACCGUCGCCGUGGUGGUGCCGCUUUGA